AGGAGCGCUCUGGGGCCAGCCUACCGCGCGGAGGCGGAGGCACCCUGCCGGCGAUGCCCUUUUUAGCCGCCUGCCAAGUUACAAAUCCCCGCAGCGCUUCUUGGUGUGGCGAAGGGGUCAUGUGGGUGUACCUGCUGCUCUGCGCGGUCCUCCUGCUGGCCAUCACCUUCAGGGCUCUCGGCCAUCUCGGCGGCUCUCCGAGCCCUUUUGCAGCAGACUCCAGGCGGCCGCCGGCGCCUCUGGUGACCGACAAGGAUGCGCGCAAAAAGGUCCUCAAGCAAGGCUUCUCCCGUGACAAAGUUCCUGACUGUCUGGAUGCAGUUGUCAUUGGAAGCGGCUACGGAGGCCUGGCUGCAGCAGUGCUGCUUUCUAAAGCCGGGAAGCGUGUGCUUGUCCUGGAGCAGCAUGGGAAGGCAGGAGGCUGUUGCCACACCUUCAACGAUCAAGGCUUUGAGUUUGAUGUAGGUAUCCAUUACAUAGGGCAAAUGCAAGAGGAUUCCAUCCUGCGCAUCAUGAUUGACCAGCUCACAGAUGGCCAGCUUCAGUGGGCCAAGAUGGACUCUCCCUUUGAUGUACUAAUUCUGGGAGAUCCUGAGAGUAGCAAAAAGUAUUUCCUGUACAGCGGGGAGAAGGAAUAUGUGGAAGGCUUAAAGAAGCAGUUUCCAGGUGAAGAGGAAACCAUCGACAGAUUUGUGGCGCUUGUGAAGAGAGUUGCCAAAGGAAGUGCCCACAUGGCGAUUCUGAAAAUGCUUCCGCUCCCCUUGGUCAAGUUUCUGCACUGCACUGGCCUGCUGGCCUUGGUUUCUCCUUUCUUUAGGAUGAUCUCCAAAAGCCUUACCGAAGUAGCUGCUGAGUACACGGCAAACGCUGACCUGAGAGCCGUGUUCAGUUAUAUUUUUCCUACUUAUGGAAUGAUUCCUGUAGAGUCCAGCUUCUCUUUACACGCCAUCCUUUUCGAUCACUUUUUGGAAGGGGGGUGGUAUCCCCAAGGAGGUGCCAGUGAAAUUGCAUUCCACUCCAUUACCAUCAUCAAACAGGCCGGAGGGGCUGUCCUUACCAAAGCCCCUGUGCAGAGCAUCUUGGUGAAUUCACAAGGGAAAGCUUAUGGUGUCAGUGUGAAGAAAGGCACAGAUGUUGUCAACAUCUUUGCUCCUGUUGUGAUUUCCAACGCUGGGAUCUUCAACACCUAUGAGCAGCUCCUGCCAGAGAAACUGCGAAUGCUGCCAGAUGUUCAGAAGCAGCUCUCCAUGGUUCAGCAUGGCAUAGGAGGGUUCAGUGUCUUCAUAGGGCUGAAAGGCUCCAAGGAAGAGUUGGGACUGGAAGCCAAGAACUACUUCCUCUACCAGGACAACCAGCUCGAUGAAGUGUUCAUUUCUUACCUUAAUUCUUCAAGAGAAACAGCAGCGAAGAAUAUUCCGUUAGUGUACAUAGCAUCUCCAUCGGCCAAGGACCCGCUGUGGGAGAAGAGAUACCCAGGGAAGUCAACUCUCAUCAUCUUGGCCAUUGCAAGAUAUGAAUGGUUUGAGGAAUGGAAGGACAAAAAGGUCACAAAGAGGGGAGCAGAUUACGAGGACCUUAAAAAUAGUUUUGUGGAAAAUUUGAUGGAAACCACUUUGAAAUUCUAUCCUCAAAUAAAAGAUAAGAUUGAACACGUUUCUGCGGGGACUCCUCUUACCAACCAGCACUACAUUGGUUCUCCACGAGGAGAGAUGUACGGGGCAUCACACAGCAUCUCUCGCCUGCAGGCUGAAGUUACAGCCACCAUCAGACCUCAGACCCCAGUCCCAAAUCUCUACCUGACAGGUCAGGAUGUUUUCUUGGGUGGCUUUCCAGGAGCCCUCCACGGAGCCCUCAUCUGUGCUUCUGCUGUCCUACAGCGCAACCUCUACAUCGACCUCCAGUGGUUAAAGCGAAAAGUCAAAGCAAACAACGCCAAAAAGAGAAACUGAGCUUCUUCCACCAUCCACCUGGUGAAAGCUUCUCAUCCUUCCUCUCCUGUGUAGACAAUCUGAAAGCCAUUUGCCUCCUUGGUUCUGCAUCUGACCUGCAGAGGGAUGCUCACUGGUACCCAAACUGACCACAGUGCCCUUUGGUCUGCAAUUGUGGACUGCCUGCCAUUAGGCGCCUGCUUCAAAUAAUGUGCAGACACCGUCCAGCAAUUGUGCUAGAUUUGUCUGGACGUAAAAUUGAGACUCCAGCACAGGGGGUUUUGGAGGGGAGGAGUUUGACUAACCCCAACUAUAACAGAGCAGUAAAGGCUGAGCACAUUAAAGAGUAGCUUGAGACAGUUGUUUAAGAUCCAGAAGCACAGUGGGGUCAUUCACAUAACCAAAUGGGAGUGGGGUGGGCUGGGGGGGGAGGCAGGAGAGACUACCUGCCUUCCCCCAGACGGCAAGAGCCCAAUCACUGCUCCACCACCCGUGUGUCCACAUGAGUGGUUAGGAGGCGAGGCCAGGCAAGCUGCAAUGGUGGAGGGGGAGGGGGAGGAAGCCAGGCCACCAGAUACCCCACAAUGCAUUGGGAAGACUGCAUGCUGCCUGGCCACUCCUUUCCCCUGCCUCUAUGAUCAAGAUGGCUGCCAGGAGCAGCUGCCGGCAGCUCAGUAACACACAGGACCAGCAAGUGAGGCAGGAGGCAGAUGUGUGUCCUCCUACCUCAGGGCUACCCGGUUGUGGGGGAGAGCGGCGGGAUCAGGAGUGAUCCCACCGCUUCACACAACAAGCCCUACCUGGUAGGGCUGAUUGUGUGAACAGCCUUACAGUGUCCGAAAUAAGGAGGCUUAGCCAAGGUGAGCACUCUCAUGGACUGGACAUGUAUGUCCACAUGUGCUACAGUCUGUGUCUGUUAGUGUGUGCAGGGAUGGCCUGUGGUAUUGUGGCAGCCAAGAUGGGGGCCAAGAGGGGGCCAGCUCCUUUUCAAAACCAACCUUUGCACAUUUUGAAAGCGGUGGCAGGGAGGAGGGAAGGCUGCCUCGACUCUCUUUGUGCUUCUUGGCUCUUUGGGAAGCAGGAGGAGAGGUGUUCCUUGCGAAGCUUUCAUGGCUCAGAUCAAUACCCAAGAGCUACUCUGAAGGCAGCAACAAGGGGCAUCUUGCUACCUGGAUUGCACUCCAGUGACUUGCUGCCUGAAGCAACCUCCUCACUAAGCCUCAUAAAAGGGUUGCCGCUGGGUGUGUGCAGUCUCAAGCAACAAAGGGCCUGAAAUUAGGAACAUAGGAAGCUGCCAUAUACCAAGUCAGACCCUUGGUCCAUCUAGCUCAGUAUUGUCUGCACAGACUAGCAGCAGCUUCUCCAAGGUUACAGAUAGGAAUCUCUCUCAGCCCUAUCUUGGAGAGGCUGCCAGGGAGGGAACUUGGAACCUUCUGCAUCCCAGAGCGGCCCUGUCCCCUAAGGGGAAUAUCUUGCAGUGCUCGCACAUGUAGUCUCCCAUUCAAAUGCAAACCAGGGUGGACCCUGCUUAGCAAAGGGGUAACAAGUCAUGCUUGUUACCACAAGACCAGCAGACCAAGCUUCAGACAGAGCUGAAUCUUUGGCCCACAGCUCUAUUCCGGAGUUUUAACACUUCCUCUCCCCUCCUUUUUUUUUUUAAAGCUGAUAUUUAAAGGUGAUGGGUGGGAUUUAUGUGUGCCCUUCUGCUUCCCAAAAGACUCUUAUAUACUCAGAAUUGCACAAAAAAUAAAACUCAAGCUAAAGACGUUGAUCUGCUUAUGCAUUUGAGGAA